UUUCAGAUGGCUUGCGGGGGCCCUUUGAGUUCUGUGUAUGAGGUCAGCAGAGAACUGCAGUUCCUUCUUGGUUUGGCCAAGGGCUUGAAGAAUGGCACGGCAGAGUGGAAUAAGCAUUUAGGAGGAAAGUCAGCUGUUGAACUGGUCCAGAAACUUUUGAAAGGUCUAAAGGAUGGAUUGAACAGCCCAGACAAUUAUGUGACUGAGAAUCUCCACAACAACACGGCUACAGGUUAUGGUUCCAUGAAAACAGUUUUUAAUAGCAGAGAAGAUCUGGAUUUUGUUGAGCAGCUAUGGUGCAAUUUAUGGAAAAGUGUCACGUCCUGUGAGGAAUUGGUGAAGUGUUUCAAGUUGAUAAUGAAAUCCCUCCAACGUGGUGAAUUGCAAGUAUGGAUUCAUAAAGAAAGUAACAGCUCACUGAGCAAACUUAUUAAACAGUCUCACCAUGGAAGGAUGGAGGCGGUUUCUCUCAGUGGUGAUGCUUCGGUGAAAAUGCUUCUAGAAAUUGGUGUGGAUAAAAUGAAAAGGGAUUAUCUCAGCUAUUUUAUAGGCAAGGAACUUGCUGUUCAUUCUCAUCUGGACUAUUUCAUCUCGACUUCAGUAGAUUUGCAAGAGCAGAUUCAUCGUGUACAGAAACUCCAUCAUGUGCUGGAAAUAGUGGACAACUGUGUAGAUCUUCUUAAACUUGAUCAUUUGAACGUCGUCUUCUUGACACAGUCCUGUAUAAAGUACUACAAGGAAAAUCCUCUGAACGAAAAGCACAUGUUUCAGCUGCCCGUGAAGCCGUCUUGCGUGAAGGACUUCUGCCAAAACGCUUACCCUCAAAUGUGGAGAGUGGAAAUCAGCAGUGGACAAGGACAGAAAGAAGUGAAAACCACGUGGCAGCUUAGCAGCGCUUCUCCGGCAGAACACACAAACUCAAGCUGUGGAGGUCUCUUGGACAGCACAGAACUGUGUGACGGCCCAGAGGAGAUGGGUUUUAUCACCCUGGCUGAGUGCAGCCAGGUGCAUUUUGUCGAAGAAAGAAACUCCGCUUGCCUUCGUGCACUGAAGUCGUCGUAGCAAGAUGAAGCACAUCCUUAUCGUACCCACUUGCAUGCUUUGAAACCGCUCUUGCCGAAGAAUGCCUUUCAAUAACACCAAGGUGCUAUAUGUAUAACAGAGCUGAAGGCUCUAAGCAGUCACGCUGGUUUUCUGUCAGAUGUAUAGGUGUGCCCCCGGGUGCUAAAUAGUGUUGAAGUUGCGAGCUUUGUUGUACUUGUACUUUGUGGUCCUCGCAAACAGGACUGACAAUACACAGUGGGAACAGGUUACAGAGAGAGCCCAGCUGCAGUAAAGAAAGGUCCUAGUUUCAGAUGCCAAAUACCAACUGCAGAGCUUCCCCCUUGAGACCAGGGGAGCCCAGGAGCACUGCUGGAUGGGAAGUGUGGGGGGGGGGGGCAGGAUCGGAAGCAGCCCUCCUCCUAAUGCACAGGUGUCGAACUCGCGGUCCUCCAGAUAUUAUGGGCUACAGUUCCCAUCGUCUCUUCCAUUAGGACACAUCGUCUCUUCCAUUAGGACACGGAGUGUCAAACUCGUGGACCUCCAGAUAUUAUGGACUACAGUUCCCAUCAUGCUGGCAGGGGAUGAUGGGAACUGUAGUCCAUAAUAUCUGGAGGGCCGCGGGUUUGACACCCCAUGUCCUAAUGGAAGAGUUCUUCUGCUGGUAACAGACGAGGCUUGGAUCCAAACACCGUACAAAAUUGGCUGCAACACCUUCUGUUCUACUGCAAAGCAGGUUUAAUGUUCAGUCUGAAUAAUCUCAAAAUCAAUCAGAUCCAAGUCACUCUAUUGCUAGGAAUCUCCUCAAAUAAGCAAGGCAAUAUUGCUGCAGUCCUGGCCAUUUCUAGACUUUUCAACAUUAGAAGUCACUUCUGAACUGUAUUAUGCAUAGCUGAUUUU